ACACUUUUGGUCUGGUGAACUUGACGCGUAAACUUUUCACCUCUCUUACAAAAAAAAUUGACAGCACUUCUUUUUUUCAGUUUCCUCUCUGCAUUGGCGUUCUAACUUCGGUACCAACAAGUUUCCUGUUCAGCUGCCGUUGUUGUUCGUGCGUCACUAUUCUGUGCGCGUGAUCGUUUCCCUGCUUUGUGCUAGAUGACCCAACAAAUCUCCACGCGCUGAAGACCGUCGUGCGUAGUUUGCGCUGCAGACUGUCGUACACCGCCUGAAAUUCGCGGGGAUUACGUGCUUGCGGUGACGCUCGCCUUUCGACGGUUCUCAGGGGUGUUGCUACUUUCGCCGGUGCUCUGAUUAGUGUUUCAACGGAUAAACGGCGUGUAUUCACCACUUGUGCUUCUGAAACUCACUGGCGAUACUGUACCGUGCCCGCGGCUUCAAGAGAAAAAAAAAAUGUUGUCGCCUGCAAGAAAGAAGGGAAGAUUGAGUCAAUGAACAGGCCCUGACCGGGAGGACGCAUUUACCAUCAUAUGCGGCGAAGAUGGAUGGCACCGUAGGGCCUGCACCUCAUUGAGUUGAAGAGUUCCUCGACCUUCCGUAAGGCGGUCGCUCUAUCAGUCAUGUCCUCGACAGCUUUGUUCGUGCAACGAAUGUGUUGUGUUUCGUGGUGUGUCCUGCUGGUACACAACUUUGCCACAGCGCUGCCGGAGACAAUCUACAUCGGGGCGCUGUUGGAAGACGACCGCGAGGACAAGGAGCAGGAAUUGGCUCUACGAUACGCCAUCGACCGCAUCAACAACAACAACGCCAUCCUGCCCUCCUCAAGACUCCGACUUUUGACGCAAAGGCUACCACCCGGCGACGCUUUUCACGCCUUCAAGACAGUGUGCCGCCUGGUAGAGAAGGGUACGCGCGCCGUGCUCAGCCUGCAGUCUUCGAACGCGGCCGCUGUGGUACGGUCGGCGUGCGCGCGCUUUCAAGUGCCCUUCCUGCGGGUGCGCCGUUGCGAAGGAGGCGCCGACGGCGGCCACCCGUUCACGCUGUCCUUCUACCCGGACCCCGAACAAGUGGGCAGGGCACUGCUCGACUUGGUGCUCGCGUUGGACUGGACCUCCUUCACGAUCGUCUACCGGAACCAGUCUAGCUUCCUCCGACUCAGAGAAGUGCUCAAGUACGGUCAGAGGCCGCCGGCGAAGGUGCGCCUUCUCCAGUGUUCGGACCAAGGGAGCUACGACACCGUUCUCCAAGACCUCAGGCGCAAACGGGAACUACGCGUUCUUCUAGAUCUCAGCACUGCGGAGAUCAACACGUUCAUGAAAAAAGCUGUGAAAGAAUCCAUGGCCACUCCAUACCACCAGUACAUCCUAGCCUCAAUGGAUCUCCACACGCUGUCCUGGUGGCGACCACGGGCCGACCGGCCUGCAGACAGCGCGGGAGCGGAAGCCCUGCCGACCCCACCCUCUUCUUCUCCGGCUUCCGGGUCUGCGGCGGCUGCGGCAGCUGGCGUGUAUGGAUUUCGCCUCCUGGACCCGGACCAACCAGCCGUGCAUGAUGUGAUCCGGGACUGGAAUUUCGGAGAGCUGCUCUUCGGACGACGCGUCGAGCGAGCCACUCUGAAGACUGAGAACGCGCUGAUAUACGACGCCCUGUCGCUGCUGGCACGCUCUUUCCACGAUCUGGACCGGUCCCAGAGCAUCGAAACGCAUCGGCUCUCCUGCUGGGACCCGGACGCCCAGGGACCCUGGCCUCAUGGCCGCGCCUUGGUCAGCUACAUGAAGAUGGUUCAGUUCAAGGGUCUUACUGGAGACAUGCACUUAAGCGACCUAGGUAGACGAAAGGACUUCGCGCUUGAUGUCGUCAAGCUUCAGUCGAAUGGCUUCGAGAAGGUGGGAGCAUGGACGGGGGACAUCGGCCUGACAGCUGUGACGCCACCGGGAUCCACAUUGUCGCCGCCCCUGCACCUCCCGGCGCGGCCGCCAUCACGUCAGGCGUCAACCCAUGCCUCAGGCACAGCGGGAACGGAAGGGCUCAAAGGAGUCGGCGAGUCCAGAGAGCGGGCCGACCUGAGACACCGGCAGCUCCUCCGCGUCACAACCAUCGUCCACCCUCCGUACGUGAUAGCUCACCGCGUCGACGGAGGGAGGAUGCCGCCAUCGGUCAACGGGUCGUCGACACCGCCUGCUGCGCGAGUCCGCUACACGGGCUUCGCCGUCCAGCUGCUGGACAUGGUGGCCUCGGCGCUUGGGCUCGAGUACGAGAUACGCGCGUCGGCAGAUGGCUCCGACUACGGGACGCUGUCGGCGCGCGAGGGCCGAUGGAGUGGACUGGUGCGGGAGGUCUUCGAAAGGGAGGCCGAUCUGGCUAUCGGAGACAUCACUAUUACUCGAGAACGCCUAGAGUACAUCGAUUUCACCACGCCCUUUCUGCAGAAUGACCUCGGUGUUCUGUACCGCAACAUUGACCGUGAAUUCCGCGAUCGGCCCGAGUUCCUUCGGCCCUGGACUGGCGAGCUUUGGCUCUGCGCGGCCACGGCAGCGCUGGCCUCGUCGCUGGCGUUGGCUUUCGUGUCGAGGCUCAGCGCGGCCGAGUGGGUGCCUGCCAGCUCUUCGAAGUCGGUGGCCGCUGCGCGACGCUACUCGUCCUGCGCGGGUUACACAAAAGCUCCACGACGGGCGCAGACCCUGCGAAAUCGCUUCACGCUCUUCGACAGCCUCUGGUUCAUCCUCGGCUCGCUGCUCCAACAGGGCACUGAGGUGUUUCCCAGGGCGCUCGCAACACGAAUAAUGGCUGUCGUCUGGUGGCUCUUCGCACUUGUCCUGAUCUCGUCCUACACUGCCAGCCUUGCAUCGCAGAUAAUCGCCCAGCACUUGCAGGCGCCUCUCAUACAGAGCAUAGGAGACCUCGCCAAGCAGUCCAAGAUCAACUACGGGUGCGUCUCCAAAAGCGUGACGAGAGGACUCCUAAAGGAGUCUACUGACCCGCACCUGCAGAGGCUUUGGUCAACGAUGGAAAUGUCCGGGCCGCACGCUUUCUUGGACUCGGUGUCUACCGCUGUAGUCAAGGUACGCGACGAGGGCCUGGCAGUGCUCAUGGACUCGCAGACCAUCGAGUACCUGGUGGCUCACGACUGCAGCCUCGCGCAACUGCCGGGUCGCCUUGAGACCGGAGGAUUCGGCUUCGCCAUGCCUCAGGGUUCCCCGCUAAGGCACCUGUUCACCAACAAGAUCCUGCAGCUGCAGGAGAACGGCACCUUGAGCGCCUUGCGUCAGCGGUGGUGGUCAUCCAUGACCGUCACCGACCAAAGCGCUGACCAGCGCUGCAACCCCACUGUCGACGACAGCGGUUCCGUAGCGGGAAGUGCAAGCGGGAGCAGCGGCGGCAGCAAAGACCCCGUGGGCAUCCGGGGCCUCGUGCUAGUCCUGGGCAUUGGUUGCCUCGUCUCCCUGGUGGUGGUGGUCGCCGAGUGCCUCUGGAGAUUUAGAUGCUCCUCGAAGAGGAGAAACCAGGGCCCCAGAUGGAGGAAAGCACGGCAACGCAUACCAGCGAGCCUAUCUUUACAGGAAUCAAGCCUCAUCAUCCUGGAUCCUCCCAAGGAGUUUCAAGAUGAUCAAGAAAGCUGCCCCAUGACAUCGUACAAAUGCGAAACGCUCACAUAGCAGCAGACCAGCUGUACGGACUGGCGUUUUUCAAAACCUGUGCGCGAGUGUUGUUGAAUUAUUAUGUGCUCUGUUUCGUUGAAUCUUAAUGUAAAAAGGACAUCGAUAUAUGUGAAUGCAUGCAAAAUCGUGAAGUGUAACAGAAUGUGGGAUCUGUAAAUAUGGCCUCCGUUAGCAGAUUAUGCUAUCCUAAAACUUUUCAACUCAGCGUUCAACGCUGGUGAGUCUACUGCAGGCCUAUUGUUUCAUAAAACAAACGGAACGACCCCUUUUACUAGAAUCGACUACUUCAUGUGAUUGGGGCAACAGGAUGUGGCACGGAUAGUUUGGUUGCCGUAUAGGAGCUAUAAAUUGAAGCAAAAACCGCAUUUACGCAGCUGGUAUAUGUUUAAGGAAGUUGCCAAUUUAAAUAUGUGUAAUGGACCCCAGUUUAUUUCCCACAAUAAUUGGGGCCCACCAAAAUAGUUAGUGGCCACAAAACAGAACUGCCGUGAAAUUCAGUAAACGUAUUAAACGUUCCUGGUCGCCUGCUGUGAGUGUGAUAUUUUUGUCGAUAGCCAUGAAUUGAGUAGCCUGAAAAAGCGGAAACGACGUAAUAGGGACGACGAGCCGCGUGGAAUUUGUUAGGGUAUAAUUGAGCUGCCUCUGUGGCACGAGACGAGCCGUUUGAUAAGGGUGCUACUGGAAAAAGGGAAUGCUAGAUGGAGUCCGUUUUGGCUUCGUUGUUUUGGGCUGACUUGAAUUCAGCCCAAGUGGCCUCGAAGUAACACUGGUGCUCACGUUUCCUGUAUGGUGCGCGUAUAUUGUGACCGUUUUAUUUUGUUCGCCGACACCCGAAGGUGUGGUGCUUUUUCGUGCGAGAGAUUUACAUCGUUUGUUUCAAACAGUGAGCCCGCGCUGCACUGAGAGGGGUAUUUCCGUCUUUGUAGAAAAUAUUGUAACGAGCAAGAUGAAUAUCUUGUGUGUUCGUACUGGCAAAGGGCGCCCCUCGACUUGAAAUAGCACAAUUUACUAUACUUACGGGUUGAAACGCGGCAGGCAAGCUUCAAUGCUUGAGUGUGUCACGUGAUGUCGCUACGAAUCUUGUCCCCGAAGGUGAUGUCAACUGGGAGUAAGAGUUGAAAUUGCGACAAUGCCACACGAACUGCAGACGCGUGGAAACGAAGGGGUGAGCAACAGUUUAUCCUAAAUCAGCACGUAUUAUUCCGCGAGUAUAGUACCUGUUCCACAUUGGUUCUUGUGGUUAUUGUUUGCAUUAAUUAUUUUGCCAGCGUCACCGCCUGAGACAUAGCACAUAACUCGAGUGUAACUAUGUGGUGUAGUUAUUUUUAUAUGUGGAGCACAGUGAACUUCCCGCUUGCUGUAUGACUUUGACAGUGGAUAGUAACUUAGGCACACCAACCAUUCGACAAAGGAGGCGACUCUGAACUCGUGAACGUAGGAUAAUACGGCCGUUUGCCGAAACAUUGAGGAUUCCGGAAAGUAGCGCAUCGUCGUUAAGGCCAGAGUGAACAGCUCGCUUUGUGAUCAACCGAGUGCUGCCGUCCAAAGUCCAAAGGUUGGUUUUUCUGAAGUACAGUCUCUCUUAAAGAGAAUUUACCAGGGUUACAGUUAAUUUCAAGUUUUUUUAUAGAACCUAAUGGAAAAAUGGCAACAGCCAAAGAAUCUUCAACACAGAUUUUAUAAUUAUGGUAAUGAAUCUUAAAUCUCCCCUGCAUCAUGCCUUCAUCAGGAAUAUUUUCUUCAUGGUGCUAUAAAGUUUCACUAUAACGCCACAAGGCAGCAAAUCGAACACAAUAUUCAAGUAACUUGAGUCGAAUUUUCGAUCUUAAUAACAGUUGUGAGUUCCCUUCUACGUACUUAGAUUAGCUUCUAUAAUUUAGAAGUCAAUCAAAAUCUUGCAGGCUAGUAUAAAACAUAUUGUACACUUGUUCUUGGUACUUCAUUUAGACAACUGAAGAUUGACUUAGACGAAAGGGUUCCGGUCGGCAGGGAAUUUGGCUCGAAAAGAAUUUUAGUGGUACAACACGACAGCGAUUACAGUGACAGAUGCUUUUCCCCAAUGUCGUAGCUUCCGAGAAGAAACCCGCAGCAUCUAGUAGUAUUGCGUCGUCAUAUUUGCUACGAAUUAUUUCAAUAUUCUUGUUCUUGCUAUCCCUAAAAAUUGAACUUUUCAGUCUC